AUGGAUGUUUUGUUAUCCUUAAACUCAAGUUCAGGCCUAAUCAACAUUUCAAAACUACACAAACAUCAUCAUAACCUUCAUCUCUCAAAUAAUCAUCAAAGACAGAGACAACCUCGUAGGUUACAGUUUUCGGUUUCAUGCAGAGCCACAAAAAGUGUUCCAAUGAAUCAUAAGCUAAAAGAUGAAGAUGGAAACUUGUACAAGACACUAUCUUUGAGUCCUAAAACUGCAACAACAGAUGAGAUCAAGAGAGCUUAUAGAACAAUGGCGCUUCGGUAUCAUCCUGAUGUUUGUCGUGAUGGUUUGAAGAAAGAGGAAUCGACGAGGAUGUUUGUAAAACUGAAUGAAGCAUAUAAGAUAUUGUCGAAUCCAAAGCUUAAAGAAGAGUAUGAUUCAAAGUUAUUGGGUUUGGGUGACAUGAGAAGUUCUGUGAAUAGCUGUCAAUUGUUCUUGUGGGAUGAUGAAAUCAGAGACGAUGUCAAUAUGCAUCGGAUGAAACUACCAGAAUGUAAAAGCUGUGAUAUACUAUCAGUGAAGUUAGAGACCGCAACAAACAAAAUUGAGAAGUUGAAGAAGAAGAAUGCAAGUCAGAACAGUGUUAAUAUGAGGCUGAAGAAGACUAUUUUGAUUCUCUGUUUAUUGCUUAUUGGCAUUGUGUAUUACUUAGAUUAA